AAAAACCAGUGACCUCUUCUUAUUUCUGUCAGUGCGAGUCGGCGUACAGCUGCUCCCACACUACUGCUGUCAUUAGCUCUUCAUGUGACUCUGUACCAUUACACACAGUUGACCUGGAAGGAGGAUGUUCCAACACUGACGCUUGGAUUUUGAUCAUCAGUCACCAGAAAUGGAUUUCAAAAGCAAACUGUCUGUAUUCGUCAGCCUAAUUUUCUACAUAAGCCAUGUAUCAGGCGUGAAAAUCCCUCAGCCUGAGAAGCUGGAGGUGAAUAUUUUAGAUGGAGAGGUGAUUGUGCUUUGGAAACAACCUGCGGACGCCCCCUCAAAUUCCACGUACAAUGUGCAAAUGGCAAAGUACAUUGAUGAAUGGGCAAUGGUAGCUGGCUGCACAAGGAUCACACAAACUUACUGUGAGCUUAGCGGAUUAAUACAUGACUACGUCCCUGCAUACAAGGUCAAAGUUCAGCUGGUGAAUGGAGAUGAUGAGUCUGCGUGGACAUCCAAGAAAUUUCUCCUAAAUCAAGGUAAAUUACAGCCUCCCUCCUUCAGUCUGCAGGCUACCUCCAGCACUCUAACAGUGACUGUUCACCAAAAACCCAUUCUGUCAAAGCUCUUUCCUUUUGGGUUCACCUACACUAUCUAUUUGGAAGAAAGAGGGGACACACAGAAGAACACAAUGGCCUACCUCGACGAUCAGGAGGCUGAGAGGGUUUUCACCUCUCUCCACUGGGGGAUCGAGUAUUGCGUAAGCAUCAAGGUUGAAGGAAAAGGAACUCUCUCCACCAGCGGCGUAUCCAGCAAACAGUGUCUGCUGCUACCAGAGAAAGAGUGGUAUGUAAUGGCUGUUUCGUCCUUGUCAAUUCUCGCCGUGCUGGGUCUCAUUGCUAUUUUGGUGGCUUUCCUCCUGUGUUAUCUGAAACACCCUGUGAAAACACCUGCCGCACUGAAAUCCCCUGUAAGUGGCUGGCUUCCACUUUCUGUUGGAGAUGGGGCAAUCGAGGUGGUCACUGACAAAGGAUGGUUCCUUUCCAGCUACAGGAUGCCAGUGACAGACUGCGUCAAAGACCCAGUGACCCGUGUCACAGUAAUGAAGGACAGUGAAGAGGAGAACAGGAGGACCAGCAUGGACAGUGGAGUCAGCAUGCGGUCAAACUCUGCCUCAAACAAUGGAAGAAGUCCCCCGACGAGGCAAGAGGACAGUGGAUGCGGGAGCAUGGGAGGAUCGGAGGGCUCCACUAGCUGCCAGACAGAUUACCCCAUACAGGAUGAGAGAACCCAAACUGACACAGUUAGGAAACGGGAAGACAGCGGCGUGGGCAUGGGCUGCCAUCUUGAUACGUCUUCCUUGAACCUGGACGGUCAGGACAGCGGGCCUCUGAAAGAGCUCGUCGCUGGAGGUAAUUACCGCAGCCAGAGCCCUCCAGCUGUGCAGACUCAUGCUUGCGGUGACAAGGACACAUUUAAAGAGAUACAUCCGGACACAGUUUUGGCUGAAGUGGUCACAGGAUACAGAGCUGGGCCUCAGUUGUGUAUUUGCUCAGGAGCAGGUCAGUGUCCUUGGUGUCAUAAACAAGGUCACUAUGGCACUGAGGUUAUCAAACAAUACAGAUCUGUGUGCAUUGAAAACGGACUACUUGGCAGCGAGUGUGAUAUGGUGGACUCUUACAAAGGCGGGGUUACCGCCCCAGGCUGCACAGGAAAAACACAAACUGACACCGUCACAAUGGACGAUUUGGAAUCGACGUUUAUAGAGCUAGGGGACACGUUUCCUCUGCUAACGUCUCUGCCACCGCUGCAUCUGAUGAAGUGCGGGCAGGACUUCAAUAUGAACAAUGUUUCUCUCUCGCUCUAUGACGUGCAGCUGAAAACUGAAUGACACACCGUAGACUGCAACAACACUAUUUAUACAAUCAUUCUGUCACGGAUGUGGUGGCGCAAUACACGUUCCUUUCUGACAUGACACUCUCGUUGAAUCAUGAAAUAGGAGCACCGCUGCAUGUUGAAAUGCCCCAGUGUCAGAUAUCUGCAGCAAAAAAAAAAAAAAAGGGAGAAACUGAGAAGAUGAACUGAGCAAACAGCAGACUGUUGUCGAACACAGACAGGAAGGUGAGGUUAGAGUGCACAGCUGCUGGCUAAUAGCUGUUAGCUGGAGUCUCAGGGGCCUAUACGGAGAGAGUAUACAGUGAAGUCGUUGUUCAAGCCUUCGUCACUGGGUGUAUCAUGAAGUGUGCCGGAAACGAAACUUGUGUGGGAUGCAUUGAAGAGAGGCAGUUUAACAGUUACACACUUUUGGACAUUUUAUCAUUUCACCUCUGCCAAUAAUGACACCUUUGUUCUGUCAGUUGCCCCCUCUAAAACUUUUUAACCUCAAACCUGAAACUUGUGAGACGAAUCUUUUUCUCGAACUUGUUUUAACAUCAAGAGAAGCAGUGGAUUUCUCACCAGUCCAUAUCUACAAUGCUUUCAGAUCAUAUCUUACCAUAAUCUGUGAUUACUCCACAACGUUGUGUGAUAUCCUGUGUUUCCAAAAAGGCAUAUACAGUGAGAAAUCUAACGGCUUUUUGCUUUUGAUUCUUUUUGACGGGCUAUGACUCAGCACUGGACUUUUAUGUCCUCCUGACUAAAACCCAGAAAUUGCCCUUAGCCGCUUCCCUGUUGAAACUAUUUAUUUGAUGAGAUGAAAACCGCUGUUUAUUUAUUGUGUCCUGAUUAUACAUGUCAUUUCACAUAUGAUUAAAAAAUGUCUCCUCGGA